GUGUUCUGACAAGUUCACCGUCUUGGCUUUCAAGAACGGCAUAGAAGCAACACGAAGCACUCUCUUUCUCUCUCUUCACUGUGUGACUCUCUCUCACACACAAACUAGAGCGAGAAAUAUUAUAGCUCAGGGUUUUGGGGUAUCAUUAUUCAACCAUCAACCAUUUUCUCUCUUCUUCUUCUCUAGUGAGAAAUUUCUCUUUCAUUGUGUGUGGUCAGUGAGAUGUAUGUAGCUUCCAUGCGCAAGUCUUUCAAGGACUCCUUGAAAGUCCUUGAAGCUGAUAUCCAACACGCCAAUACCCUGGCCUCAGAUUUUCCAAGGGAGUAUGAUGGUGCAUGCCUUCAGAUGAGAAUGUCAUACAGUCCAGCUGCACACCUGUUCCUUUUCUUGGUACAGUGGACAGAUUGCCAUCUUGCUGGAGCCCUUGGACUGUUAAGAAUCCUAAUUUACAAGGUCUAUGUGGAUGGGACAACCACCAUGUCUACACAUGAACGAAAAGCAAGUAUUAGAGAAUUCUAUGCGGUCAUUUAUCCCUCUUUGUUGCAACUUGAAAAAGGUGUAACUGAUACUGAGGAUAAGAAGCAAAAGGCUGUGUGCAUGGAGAGGUACCGUAGAAGAGAUGAUGAGGAGUAUAGGCAGUCUUCUGACAUAGACAUUGAAAGAGAAGAUGAAUGUGGAAUAUGCAUGGACAUGAAUAGUAAGAUUGUGCUUCCCAACUGCAAUCAUGCCAUGUGCCUGAAAUGUUACCGAGAAUGGCGAACAAUAUCACAAUCAUGCCCAUUUUGCCGCGACAGUCUGAAGAGAGUGAACUCAGGUGAUCUCUGGGUAUUCACCGAUAGAAGGGAUGUGGUAGACAUGGCAACAGUGACAAGGGAGAAUCUCAGAAGGCUUUUCAUGUACAUAGAUAAGUUGCCUCUGAUUGUUCCAGACUCCCUUUUUGACACAUAUGACUCUCACAUAAGGUAAGUGAUUGCAACAGAACAGAUUUUAAUGCAUGCUGUUGUCUUGGAUUGAUAGAGCUAUAAUCCCUUCCACUUAAAGUUAGUCACAUAAAAACCCGAACCCGAGUCGGCUAAUUGAGUUCGUACUAUAUAUAGAGUUGCAGUACUUGCUUCCCACUUCUGCUGCCAGAAGUAUCCAGCCCUGUGUUAAUUGUGGGUUGGUGGUGAAGUUGAGAUGGUAAAUUGUAUCUAUCUAGCUAGCUCAUUUGUAUAUCCCUGUACAGAUCGAAUUAAUUACUUCUUAUUAACAAGAGAUUUGCACAUUUGGUUCUUGUCAUUUAAGUGUGAAUCUCUUGAGAAAAAAACUUUUACUUUUCUUCAUCAAUGAAUGUAUUUAACAGAAUAUAUUAGCCUCGGAGGUGCUUUUCCUAUGUAGUGUGUUUAGUAUCUGUAUUCGCUAUAUUUCCUUAAGGUCCUCUUAAUUGUAACUACUAUUAUGUUUUAUAUUAUUUAAGCACUGUAGUCUAUAGUACU